CUUAAGCCGAACGCCCAAAUUGGAAAGUAACCCAGGACUAUUUGUUUAAGUGAAUCUGGGAAAGCUACAUCUGUGAACGGACAGUGGACCAAAACUACUGUAGAGGUACAUACCACUCCAAGAUCCAAAGGGUAAGUUACGUACCUCCGCCACGAACAUUCGAAUGAAUUCCAUCCCAGAUACAGAACCACCAUUCCCUCCUCCCCUGACCGGGAUCUUUCAACCCUUUCCACUCAUCCUCUCUCUCACCCCCUAUCCAACCAUGUCCACUAUAUCGCUCAAGUGUCAUUCAAAUUCAUAUACGAAAGAACACCCCUGUUCAAACCUCCGAACGGAGUUCGCUCCCUCUUCUCCAACGCCUGGGCCGACUCCAAGUCUCACGGCAUUCACCAUCACCCCCCGUCCAGCCACAGAACCAUUUGCAAAUUGGCUCCCAAAGACCCCUCGAGCUGGCUGCCCCGAAGCCAGCUGGAACGACAUCGAAGCCCCGGGACUUAACACAGGCCACAAAACCUUCUUCCAGGCAUCCCUUGUGGUAGUAAUCCUGGUGGUCUGCUACCUCCUCUACAAUCACAUCCAGAAUGUCAGGAAUAGCGAGAGACAUCGAACUAGCGAGGACUCUGAACCAGGCUCAUCACUGCCUGGGCCACGAGAGAAUCAGCCGGGGUAUCCAGCGAGACGGGGUGGUAUCCGACGAGGAUUUAUGAGGUGGGCUCGCAGCAACCUCACGGAGUGGCCUGGCAGGAGAGAGAGGCGAAGGGGAAGAGGGAUUGAUAUAGGCGAGUGGAUGGACGGACUCGAGCUACGCACGUUCAGGAAUCAGAGUGACCCGGAUGAUGGAAUGCCGAGGGGUCCAGGUGGUUUACCACCGAUUACGGAAGUUACAGAUGUAUCUUCAUUGGAUAAUCCUUCAGACGCUGACGAUGAGGGGGGUCCGAGUUUCUAAAGGGAAGUAAGAGUAGAUACAGACGGGUUAUUUUUUGUCAAAUG